AUGCUACGACGUCUCUGCUGUGCUUUCGUGGCCGUAGCGCUGGGCGCUGUUGUCGCGGUACUCGGAUUAUGUGCUCCAGUGGCCCACGGCGCUGUGAUGGACAUGCCUUUGCCUUUGGAGGUCGCGAUGCCGAAACGCGUCGCUCAUGGCGUGCACUACUCCUACAGCUUUACAGAGGCGCAGAGCACGAACACGCUGAAGGUAAUGCAGGCGUUCGCCGACGCGAUGCCGUCGAUGGGGUGGACCGGGACGGAGUUCUGCAAGUGGCCAGGUGUGAUGUGCUACCGGUCGACCGUCGAGUUUUUAAGCAGUAACAUCGGCGCGAAAGGCACGCUGCCGGAUCUGCCGGAUGACGUGGACUACUCGAAUGUGAUGAUCACAACCAUCAACUUUUUCAAUAAGAAGACCGCGAUCACUGGAACACUGCCGAGCAGCUGGGGUAAGCUGCAGCACCUCGUCAACAUCAACAUGGGAUCUACCAGCGUGUCAGGAACUCUCCCUGCGUCGUGGGCCUCGUUGAGGUGGGUGCAGUUUAUAUCACUUCCGGAGACAGCGAUCUCUGGCUCGCUGCCUGCCUCGUGGAGCUCAAUGGGUUCUCUCACGACGCUGAUCUUGUAUGGCAAUCAGCUCAGUGGCACUUUGCCACCGGAAUGGAGCUCCAUGGAUUCUACUUACAUCCUUCAGCUGCAUAACAACGCUCUCACUGGUAGCCUUCCGGAAUCGUGGGCGCAGAUGUUGGAAUUAGGCAAGCUCACCCUGAUAGGCAACAAAUUCUGCGGCUGCGUGCCUCGCUCGUGGAAGAAUGCAUCUUUCCAGGUGGUUGUCGAUUACGCAAACUCUGCCGCUAACUGCGCCACGGCUAACGCCUGCGCUACGACGACCACAACGACCGCGGCUCCGACGACCACAACGACCGUGGCUCCGACAACCACAACGACCGCGGCUCCGACGACCACAACGACCGCGGCUCCGACGACCACAACGACCGCGGCUCCGACGACCACAACGACCGCGGCUCCGACAACCACAACGACCGCGGCUCCGACGACCACAACGACCGUGGCUCCGACAACCACAACGACCGCGGCUCCGACGAGUACGACUUCUACUGAAGCGCCUCCUGAGUGUGAGGUGCCGCACUGUAUUACCUGCAUGCGCGGAUACCCAACGCGGUGUGACGUGUGCUCCUCCGGCUAUGUGGUGACCGCAGCGCAAUGGUGCUUGAAGCGCCAUGUCGAUGAUGCAGCUUUAUUUCCGUCGUCGACGGCUUUUACCGCCACCACGUUCCUUGGGGUGCUUGUUGUUGUUCUCUUGUCGAUGUAG